GGUAUAACAUAUUUUGCGAAAGGUCGAACGCGUCUAAACCACAAAACAAGGAUUCUGGUUCCGCAUUGCGUUUGCAUUUUAGUAGAAAAACGUUUGGCUUUUGGCUUCUGCGUUUUAGGGACAUCCACGCUUCUUGUAUUGUGAUCAAACACAUUCUUGACACCCGUUGUAGGAGAGUUUAAACUUUUCCUUAGUUGAACAAACGGUUUAGCGGUAAAUAAUAUCGUGGACUUAAACUGCGAAAGGUCUGGUUCAUCGUACAAUGAAUUCUGCAAAUAAAGUUGCCGAUAUAUUUGGUGCUGCAGGUCUAGCUUUCAGUACAUUGGGAAAAUUGACCAUGCAACUUCAUUCCUCCGAAAAUGCCAACGCUGGAUCCAAAUGGAGUGAAGAUGAAAUAGAAAUGCUAAGAAAUUCUAUCAAGCGAUUUGGAGAGGACCUCGAAAAGUUAUCAGAACACAUUAAAGACAAAACAGUAACCCAAAUCCAUGGAAGUUUGAAGAAAAAGUGCUUUGAAACUGCAGGUGUUUCAUUACCAAGAGUUCUUAAUCAAACCACCACACAAACAAAUUCACACCAGAACAUAGCUUCCAGCCCUCAGCAGACAGUUGUAGUUGUUCAGCAACCUCAAAUGAUGAACAACAAACCCACCGCCGAAGUUACGUUAAAUAUGCUGAAUGCUAGCGAGAACGAAGUAGACGUAGAAGGUUUGAAUUUCGAAGGUGCUAAUGAAGUUGUUACAUAAUAUGAACUUACAGCCAAUUGUCCAGCAAUCAAGUUAACAGUGUAAUACACAAUUCC